GAUGCUUACAUACCUAAAUUAUCCUCUAAGAAGAAAUCUAGUCCAAAAAAAUAUACUUCACAAAAGAAAUCAGGUACGAUUAUUGACUCACAAAUUCGAAAAAUUAUUUUAGCUAUGUUUAACGAUCCAGAG